AUGCGGCAAAAAAAAAAGUUAAGAUUAUUUCUACUUAUCACAACAAUAAGUGCCAUUACGUUAGUCAAAACAAUAGAUUCAAUUCGUGUACCUACUGAUUGGUCGGAAAUAUCAGCACAAAAUUAUCCACAACAAAAACCAAAACUAUCCAGACAAAAAUCUGUGUAUUCAUAUCCAAAGUAUGGGUAUAGCGGCCAACAAAAUGUAUAUAAACCGCAGAAGCCACAUGUACGAUAUAUAAGAAUCCCUCAAAAGCCGACAAAUAAUCCAAUAGUUUAUAAAAAUCCGAAAUUAUAUUCGGCUAAACAAAAGUUAUAUGUGCCAAAAAUGAUGUAUGCAUCAACACCUUCACCAAGUAGUCAGCAAUCAAAUCAAGAUUGGAUACCAUUAACAGCAGUUAAUCAAAUGUAUAAUUUAGCACCAAUUUUAACAAAUAAUCAAUAUUCUCAUAGAAAACAGCCUUAUAUUUGGGUGCCUUAUCAAAAAACAAAAAUUGAUGGCUUUAAUACACCGUUUGCAUCAAUACAAAGUACACCGAUAGUCCCAAUACAAAAUAAUCGUAAAUUGCCAACAAUGCAAAAAUUUGAAGAAUCAAAACAAAGAGAGCUUGGUGAACAAAAUGAACAAGAAACAUUCGAAACAAAUGAACCUCCAACACGUAUCCCUAAUUUUGCACAAAAAAUUUACGAUAAUGAUCCAUUUUCUAGAGAAUAUGUUUCGAAAGAUAAACUUGAGUCACGAUCAUAUGAUGAAAGUCCUGCUCCCGAAGAAGAUAAUCCCGAAAAUUAUGAAGUUCCGCAAGAGCCAACAUAUGUUAGUGAACACGAAAAGCCGUUAGAUAUACCAACCAAACCAAUUUAUCCGGGUGAAGGUGAAUGGGCAAAACCUGGUCGUAAAUAUCGUGUAUUUGACCGCCCUGCAAUCGAAUUGAAACAAGAACACCGUGCAGAAGAACAAAAACCGGAGGCAUAUGAAAUUUUUGAAAAUGGUCAAGAACGAUUUAGAGAGGCUCAGUCAAAUUAUGACGAGAAACGAAACAAAUAUUCAGAUAAAUAUUCAGAAAACGAUGAUGAAAAUGAAUCAGAGUCUUUAUACGAAAAACCUGAAAUAGGAUUUGUCCCAAUUAAAACUUACGCGCAAGUACGAAAAACCGAAACCACACGACAUUUACCACAAAGUGAAGCAUAUAAAGAAGCAUCCAGUGAAGAAGAGCUAAUAAAUGCACCUAGAUUACGUGAAGUUAUCAAAAAUACACGAGCACACACAGUUUAUACGGAAGAAGGGUAUGAAGAUGAAGCAUAUGAUCAUGGCGGUAAAGAAAAGAAAGCUGAAGAAAAUGACGGGUAUACUAAUUUAGAAGACGAUUUCGAAGAUUAUAAGGAAAAGCGAAAGAAAAAGGCAAAAUCUAAACACGACAAUCGUGGACAUAAUACCAAAGGUGUGGAUAACGAAUUACGUUCAAUUCAUAAAGAUACUAAGGAUCAAAUAGAAGAUGAAGAUUACAAUGAAAAAUAUUCAAAUACGGAGGGUGACAUUAAUAGUUCUGGAACGGAAGUUAAAAAUACCAAACAUAAACCGAAACAUAAUAAACGAAAGAUAAAGUCGGAAAAAGCUUGGUUAAAAACUGAAAUGAAGAAAGAUGUAAAGAAGAGAUUGGUAAGCGAUAAAAAUGAUAAAAGGACUGGCAGAGGAGUAACAAAAGAAUUAAAAACAAUAGAAAAUCUAGAAAAUCCAGGAAAAGUAGUGAGAGAAAAUCAAACGACACCGAAAUCACAAAACAUAAAUUCGACUAAACUGGAUAACAAUACUGAUAAUGUAGAGCAUGUUAUCAAUUCAUUUACAAACAUUGACCCAAAACUUGAAAAUCUUUCCAAUAUGGAUAUCGUGAGUACAAAAAAUGAUACACAAGCUUUAAUUCGGGUGAAACGCUAUGAUAGAGAAAAGUUAUCAAAAAUAUACAUCCGUAAACGACCGAAAUAUUAUUGGGAAAGAAGUAAGAAUCGUGGAGACAUGAAAAUUGAAUUCAACAAAUCAACGGAUACACCCAAAAACAUAAAUCGAAAUAAUACAAAAACGCCCAGAGAACCAAUACCAGUUAUAAAACCCAUUAGUAAAUUAGCGUAUAAAAACAGACCUAAACGUGAUUUAGAAACUGAAAAUUUUCAAAUUGAUCAUCCUAAAUUAAAUAUCGAUGAUUUGAGCUAUAAAAUUGUUGAUGUUUCGGAAAUUCAAUUACCAAAACCUAAGGAGGAUUUAACAUUCAUAAAAUAUCCGUAUUACUUAUUGGCAGAAUCUGGGCGAAUUAAUAAGCAUUCACCAUUAAAGUAUGCUGAGGAUAUGCGAAAUAUACCAGAAAAAACCGAAAGUGGAAUGGAAUUUUAUGAAUCUAUGUCUAAUAUACAAUGUCCAGAAAUAGAGUCCACAGUAGAACCUAUUCCUGACAGAAUACAAAACCAAGAAGUCGGAGAAAGUGAAGAAAGUGAAGAUGAAAGGGAAAAUAUCAAAGAAGAAGAUAAGCCGAAAGAGAUACAACGUUUGAAAGGAUUAGGUGAUAAAAUUGACUUUUUAAAUACCGAUCAUUCAUUUAAAUUGGAUACCAUUGUAGUAGAUGAAGAAUACACGUCUGACAAUGACAAUAUUACAAAACAAAUUGUAUUACUUAAUAAAAGUGAAAACUAUUUCCCAGAAAAUACCACCGAAACACAAUCCAAUCUCAAAGAAGAUAUAACUACUGAUAAAAGUGAUGCUGAUAUAACUACUGAAAUUUUCGUUGCCGAUGAAAUAACUUCUACUACAACUGAAAAUAAAAAACAGAUUAUUGUAACAACUCUACCUCCAGUCACUACUACAGUUAGUACGACAACUACCAAAAAAAGUAUUCCAAAACGUCGACGGAGACCAUCAAUUAAUACAAAAUCAUCCAUACCACAACUUAAACCUCAUUACAGUAAACAGAAGCCCGAAGAUUUUGUCAUAAUAAUUGAUACAGAUGGAGAAAGUAUAGAAGAUAUACCUCUACAAUUACCUUUAGUCAACAACAAAGAAUUUGGCAAAACAUUUGAUAUCAGUAAGUAUUUACCUCUUGCAGAAACAGAAAAACACACUUUCGAAUUUGGGAAAAAACCAGACAGUACUCAAAUGGAGGUAUUUGCUGAUAUUCUUCAACAUAUGAAAACGCAUCAACCACAAACAGCGUCUAAAACAACAAAUCUACAAACUUCUGUUGAAAAUGAGAAUUUGGAAAAGACAAUGAUAAAUGAAAGUACUGAAAAAAGUGUUCCUAGCAAACGAAGAAUACGAAAGCCGAAAAGUAAAAUGCGAAUGAAAGUUACAAACAGUUCAUUACCUCCGGCAGGCGAAGAAACAAUAUUCAAUAGAACAUCAGUUUACAACGAUCAACCCACCUCGGAAAGCGUGAAUUACGCAGUAUAUGAUAAUGGACCAUCUGAAACCAAUUCUUAUUCGGCUGGGGAGGCUUUAGAAGUUGAUGAUUUAAAUAAGCCAAAUUUGAAAUUGAAGUAUCCAGGUACAUAUAAAACUUUGUACUUACAAGAUAAUCAUGAAAAAAUUAAAGAUGUGUUUACUCCAGAUAAUUAUAAUGAUUUUCCUGAAUAUUCAUCUGAUCCAGACCAUCCUCAGGCUCAUUAUGAGUUUCCAUCAGAUAACCAUGACGAGUAUAAAGAAAUUGAAAAUUAUGCUGAUGAACCACCUCUUACAAAAUAUUCAGUACAUGAAAUUGACAAUUUAAACUCUAUGCAAUAUGACCUGGUUUUCAAUCGUGCUCAUAAAUCAUAUGUUUUGCGACCAGUUGUAAAACACCAGUACCAUCAAAGCCACUAUGAUUCUCAUUUCGAUCCAAAUCCAAAUUAUUCACCGGAAUUAAAACCAUCAGUCGAUCCUCAAAUAGAAGAAAUUGUUAUAAAAGGUUUGAAACCGGUUCGAUAUGAAAAUGGUUUAAAAUUAAUAAUACCACAUUCCAAGGUUCCAAAGCAGUUUGUUGAGCAAUUUCAAACAUAUACUUUACGCCCAGCACGAAAAUAUAAACCUGUAAAAGUGAUUAGAGUUUCUGUGAAUCCGAAAAAGGUAUUGAGAAUUAAAACAAAACAGCCAUUACAUGUUAUUACGCCUCAGCAAGGUCCAAUACCAAUUCCUUUAUCAAUCCCUCAUCGUUUUAAUUAUCAUAAACACUCUACGAAACAUACAGACUACUAUAACAUACUUGGAAUGCUACCACCUCUGAUGACAGAACAUACUAUCGGUUAUUCCAAUUAUCAACCGGUGACUUUUGCCCGACCCAAUUUACCAUUUGAUUCCAUAGCAAAUGAGAACACAAACAUUAUAUCUAGAAAAUCUUUUGUUGAUUUACAAAUGGAACCAUCAGGUAGAAUGGAAACGGUUGUGGAUAUUAACGGCAAUCCUGUAAUACCUUUUCAGAGAAAAUACAUGGAAGUUGAUCAAUUCAAUAGACAAGCAAAUCAUUACAAGAAAGAUGAGACCAUUGAACUUAUGAAAGGUGAAGUUUUAUUACCUAGCAAAGAUUCUCAAACAAGUCCCUCGGUUAAUUUAGAAACGGAUGCAAAUUUACCAAACCAGAAAAAUGUAAAAAGCCUAAAAGAUAGCUAUGGAAAUGUUAUUGACAAACCAACUUUAAAUGCAUAUUCGUCUAUUGUAAUGGAAAUGGCGAAAGAAUCGAAAAAAUACAUAAAUGAAUCACACGAGCCAAAUAUGACUAUUGAGAAUCGAACUAAAAUUUUAGAAAAAUCUUUGCAAGAAAACGUUGAGACUACUACAAACGUUAUUGUAACCAUUGACAGUCGGAGAGGUGAACCAAAAUAUGAGAAUAAAGUUCCAAAACAACGAGUUCGAUUUCCUUCUAAUGAUAAUGCAGACCUUCCAAUUACCAAUCGGCGCCGAAAUAAAGACUCCUUAUCAAGCCCUGUAGAAAAUCAAGAAGUCAUAACUCUCCAAAGUGUUAAUUCUCCUCAACUAUUUGAUAUAAACCAUUAUAUUCCUGAUUCCAAAUUAAUGAGAGAAUUGCGAAGAAAUAAUACGUUAUUUUCUAGACGAAAAUCUUCUAAUAUUAAAACUGAUACAGCAGAGAGUCAACCACGACACAGUUAUAGCAGUCGCUUUAAUUCAGCUGAUGAACAGUUACCUCUUCCAACUGAAAAAACCUUACAAAAACCUGUAAUAUUAGUGAUUGAACAAAUAGUCAAACCAAAUAAUGAAAGUCAAUCCGUACUGAAAAGGAGAAUUCAGAAAUCUCGUAAACUGGAAGAAAUAACUGAAAAACCAACUACAACAACACCAAGGAUUAUUUCAUUUCGACGUGUGCGGCCUAUCCCAAUUGUUCGUACUUCUUCGUCAAUUUCAACUUCAAAUAUUACCGAGAGCACUUUAAGAAAAUCAAAUCGUCCAAGAAACUUGCAAUUUUCAAAACCAUAUGCUAAAUCUACUGAUCCAGUGGAUGACCAAAAAGAACAUAUUAUAAACUACCCAAGUUUAAAAACACCUAUUCGAACCAAUAUUCAUAGCACGCCAAGACAAAAAUUAGCAGUCGACCCGAUAGCACUUCGACACAAAGCAAGAGCUGAAUUGCAAGCUGCAGCCAUGGAAAAGGUAAAAGAAAAACUUGAAUCAAACACGGACAAACAUCUUGAAAAUUCAGAUGAUGCUCAAGAUAAAAUAGCAAAGGCUGAUGAUGAUGUAAAAAUUAAUGAAGAAAAUCCAUCAAAUAAGCAUCAUUACGAAAAAAAGGAGCAUCGUCAUACAACUUCCGAAAUAAUUCAUACCAAAGUUUUUUCACCAAAUAAUGAGGAGUUUGAAGAUGAUUUUGAGAACUCAGAAGACAAUGAUGACGAAGAAAAUGAACAGGAUGAAACAUUAAGCAAAGAUUAUUCUGAACAAGUUGAAAUAAUUGGUGAUUUAGAACAGAUUCGUAAUGGUCCUAAACAUGGUGGAAAUUAUCGCCACAUUAGUGACCAAAAAUCAGAAGACACGAAUCAUGAUGAUAGGAGAAAUGAGCAUAUUGAAUAUGAAGAAACUGAAGAUGAUCCAGAAAAUGAAGAUUCUGAUAAAAAAUAUUCUUCCUAUGACCGCGAUUUUUCUGAAUCAAAAAUUAAACCAAAAAAUGAAAAUCCUGAAGAAAGUAAAACCGAUGAUUUCACGAGUGAAUUUUAUACAGAUCCAAAUUUACCGAUAAAAAUUAAUAACUUGAAGCAUGAUAGUUCAACUGAAGAACAAUCUGUUAUCUCACCAUCAACGAUAGUGAAACUAAGAAAGGAACGAAGCAAACCGCCUGCUUAUUGGUCAAAGAUAAUUAAAGAUACAGGAAUGAGACAGUUUUUUUAUGUUAGGCAAUAA